GAUAAAGCCAACACACAGAGAGUGCAUCAGUUAUUUUGGGAGAUUGACGAAAUGCUGUUUGAAGGAAAAGUGACCUCCCAAACUCAGAACCUGCAGGCAGAAUGUGCAGACUGGGUUGAACUGUUUCCUCAUCUAAGGGUUCUAGGAAAGCAGCUCCUAUUGCCAAAGGAUGAAGGCUUUCAGCAUUUUCAGAGCAGAAGCGAUACCUGUGUGGAUACUAAGUGUUUACCUGGCCUCCGUGAAUGUACUAGUAAUAUAAAAGAGCUCUGCAUUUCAGGCUCUAAACUGAUCCCAACAACAUCUCCAAUACAUAAACCACUAGAUUCAGAUUCCACUAGGACUUCUGCCUCUGAAUCAUCCCUGUAUUCAUUCCUGGAAGAAGAAAUCUAUGAUAUGGAUGGAAAAAUAGAAGAAUAUCUUGCCUUUGACAACAAGGAGCUAGGUGAUGAGAGUUGGGAACAAAAGAAGAUGUGUCUUGCUGAGAAGAGGAGUAAGCGUGGCAUUCCCCCUGUUUCUCCCAGUGCCUGUAUCAAAGAUGCCGUGGCUUCUGAAGUAUUUGAUCAUAUCUGGAGCAAUGUAAUUGGAAUACUGGAGGAACUGAUUAAAAAAAAUUGUGAAGAUAGUAUCACAGAGAGUGACAAACAGGUGGAAAAACUGAAAGCUGUUACAACAAAACUGCCACAUUUCCCAGUUGUUCGUAUUGCAGCAGAUGCUGGGAGUGUUCCUCUUUCCAGAGGCUCUGAAAUACAAAGUGUAUCUUUUGUUUCCUCGCAGGUUCACCGUUUCUCCAGCAACUUCUGUAGUGAUUUGAAUGGUGUGAUGACAAUUCAAGCAAAACCACUCCAACAGAGGCCUGUUGCUGCAGUAGAAAAAAUACAGAAUGAUCAAGAAUAUAAACAACAUAGCACUGGCUCCAGUGCUCCAAAUUCAGUGCACACUAGGUUGGGGAGAGUUGCUGAUAACCGUGUUCUCUCAUCAUGUCGGGUACUGCUGGCACCUACUAGGAAGGUACCAAGCCAUCGUAGGUUACCUUCUCUCACUUCUCACCAGCUCUCCUCAAAAGCUCCUAGUAUGUACAAUGGUGAAAUCCUUAGGAGGACUAAACUGUGUAGUAGCUCAGAUCGCUUAUCUUCUGCUCGUGCACCUACAACCCGGAACAAGUUACCACCAAUAAAUUCGGAGGCUGUUGAACAAUAUCUUUCAGUACCUCAGUUACAACAGAGCUCUCAUCGAGGACGAUGUGCUCACAGCAGAGUGUCAAGUGCAAUGCCUGCUGGUACGGAGCAACGGCCACUCAGAGAUAAGACUGUUGUUAUUGAUCAAUUUUCAAGGCCCAACACAACUCAUACAUUCAGGACAGACACACCACAGAAGAGAUCGCUGACUCCCAUGGAUUUUGCUCACCACGGAGGCACAGGUCAAGGAUUUUUAAUAGGCUCAAAGCAUUUUUACAGAUCAUUUCAGAGAAAUCCUCCAGCCUCAAGGAGGAGAUUUCAGAUUGCUUCUUAA